AUGGAAGACUGCUCCUGCUUCCACUGCCUCGUGAGGGUGAUGUCGGCCUAUAAUAACCCAGGCAAUGAGGUGCCCCUACCCUCCACACCACCGGGGUCACCUGCACCCUGGCAUCAGCCAGAGACGCCAUCUUGGGUGGAAUUGGGGACACCAGAGCCGAUGUCCCCACUCCGGUCGAUUGCCCAUCAAUAUCGGCCGGAUUCACCACCCUGGGCGAGGGUGCAGAGGCCUUCACCUCUACCGCCACCGCGAUCGCCAACGCCACCGCGAUCACCAACGCCACCGCGAUCGCCAACGCCACCGCGAUCGCCAACGCCGCCGCGAUCACCAACACCCCCGCCACCGAAAUCGCCGACUCCACCGCCUACCAAUGAACAGCACAUUACCGAUGUUUUAAAACAAAAUGGUUCCCUCAUUGUCUACAGCGUUCUGACAGCUUAUUUCAAAAGGGUGCAAAAUGAAGAAGAGGUAGUUAUUCCAAUACCGUUUACAGCAAAAUCUAGCAGUAUUUUUCUAACAACCCCAUUGGAGGAAUGGUUUGAUGUAAAUAUGAAGCAGCCAAUUUUAAAAAAUGUUGAAGAGUUUUAUGCAAAAGGAUCUAAUUGGAAUCUACAAUCUAUAGUAAUUUUGCCAAAGCCUGAUAAAUGUAUGAUUACUUUUAAAAAUUAUAAGAAUAGGGAAAAAGUUCCAUUUAUUAUUUACGCUGACUGUGAGAGUUUACUUCUACCUGUAGAAGAUGAUGUAGAUAAUUUAAGUAAAACUAAGAUAUUCCAGCGUCAUAAGUUAUUAAGUAUUGGUUAUUAUAUAAAAUGUAGCUAUGACGAAUCUCAAUGCAAGUAUGUUGCUUGUCCGAAGCAGGAAUCCGACCCUGCUAAAUGGUUUUCUGAGGAAUUAAGGCAAUUAUCUGAAAAAAUUGAUAAAAUAUUUAAAAAACCAUUACCAAUGGAUACCUUAACUCCUCAGCAAGUCAGUGACUUUAAUAGAGCCGUAAUGUGUCACAUAUGUCAUCAGAAAAUACCAGCAAAUGUAAAGAAAGUCCGUGAUCAUUGUCACCUUACUGGUAAAUAUAGGGGUGCUGCCCAUGAGUCAUGUAAUUUAAAUUAUCAAGAUUGUCAGACUAUUCCCGUAGUAUUUCACAAUUUAAGUGGCUAUGAUGCACAUUUCAUUAUACAUGCAAUUUCAACAAGUUUUGAAGGUCAUAUAAGUCUACUUCCCAUCAAUAAGGAGAAAUAUAUCUCCUUUAUUAAACAUGUUAAAGGUAGUGAGGUUAAAUUUAGAUUUAUUGACUCAUUCCGAUUUAUGGCAGCAUCCCUUGAAAAACUCGCAUCCUAUUUAGAUGAAUAUAAAAUUGUACAUUCUGUUUUUGCCAAUACUGUGAGUAAUCCUGAUAAAAUUAAAUUAUUAACUAGAAAGGGUGUAUUCCCCUACGAGUAUUUUGAUUCAAAAACCAAGCUUGAUGAGACGCAACUACCUCCGAUAGAGAAAUUUUAUAGUACGCUUUACGAUGCGGGCAUUUCUGAUGAUGAAUAUAAGCAUGCACAGAACGUAUGGAUUGAGUUUGAUUGCAAAAAUCUCUAUGACUAUGUCCAUUUAUAUAUGAAAACUGAUGUACUAUUACUAGCAGAUGUUUUUGAAAAUUUUCGAGAACAAUGUGUUAAAGCGUAUGGGUUAGAUCCUGCACACUAUUAUACAACCCCUGGUUUAACUUGGGAUGCCAUGCUCAAGUAUACGAGUAUAGCAUUGCAACUUAUAACCGAUAUUGAUAUGGUUAUGUUUGUUGAGUCAGGUAUCAGAGGUGGCAUUAGUCAAUGUUGUAACCGUUAUGCCAAAGCGAAUAAUCCUUAUAUAUAUAAAUUCGACGAAAAUAAAGAUACCAGCUAUAUAAUGUACUUUGAUGCCAAUAAUUUGUAUGGCUGGGCAAUGGCACAAGCGCUUCCAUAUGGCGGUUUCAAAUGGGUUGAUCAUGUCAACGAUACUUUUGAUUUUAAUGUACCUGACGAUUCUUCUGUUGGGUACAUAUUGGAAGUGGAUUUAGAGUAUCCUGAAAGUAUUCAUGAUACUCAUAAAGACAUGCCAUUUUGCGCAGAAAAAGCAAAGCCGCCUAUGUCGAAACAAGAGAAAUUGUUAACCACUUUGCUGCCGAAAAAAAAAUAUGUCAUACACUAUAGAACGCUAAAACAAGUUUUAUCAAAUGGUAUUAAACUUGUAAAAAUACAUCGUGUUUUACAGUUUAAGCAAUCAACUUGGCUUAAACCAUACAUUGAUUAUAACACGAUGAUGCGAACUAAUGCUAAAAACGAGUUUGAAAAGAAUUUGUUCAAACUCAUGAACAAUGCAGUGUAUGGCAAAACAAUGGAAAAUGUUCGUAAACAUGUUGAUGUAAAGCUUGUUACACAGUGGUUUGGCCGUUACGGAGCAGAAGCUCUCAUAUCCCGACCAAAUUUCCGUAGUCGGGCAAUAUUUGAUGAAAAUCUGGUUGCCAUUGAAUUAACUAAAACCGAGGUACUGCUCAACAAACCGAUAUAUGUAGGGUUAAGUGUGCUUGAUAUAUCCAAAACGUUAAUUUAUGAUUUUCACUAUAGUUAUAUGUUGAAUAAAUAUGGUAACGCUUGUAAACUGUUGUAUACUGAUACAGACAGUCUAGUCUAUGAAGUUAAAUGUCAAGAUAUUUAUAAGGAUAUGAAAGAAGAUAUUGAUAAGUUUGAUACAUCAGAUUAUCCCGCGAAUAAUGUGUAUGGGAUACCGCAAGUCAACAAAAAAAUACUCGGCCUUAUGAAAGAUGAAUGUAAUGGUAAAAUAGUUACUGAAUUUGUUGGCUUGCGGAGUAAGAUGUACAGCAUUCGUGUUGAAGAUAAAGAUUAUAUUAAAAAAGCAAAAGGUAUUAAAGCCGGCGUUGUAAAAAAAUCAAUUCAUUUUGAUGAUUAUGUAAAAUGUCUGCGAGAUUUUGACAUUCAAACUCGAACGCAGUAUAAUAUAAGAUCACGGCUUCACAAUCUUGAAACUGUGAAGCAGGUAAAAGUAGCUUUAAGUCCACUAGAUGAUAAACGGUAUUUGUUACCAGAGAGUACCGAUACUCUACCGUGGGGUCAUUAUGCGAUCCCAAAUUCUGAUGAAGUGUAA